GUUAAUUUCUUGUUCUUCUGCCUGUUCCUUGUUUUCUUCUUCCUCUCUAUCCUGUUCUGUUCCUUCAAUGGAAGAGACGAGCCCAACUCCGGCUGAUUCUCAAAGCAUAAACUCCAUGGACACCCUCUUGACGUCUUUUGAGAAUCUUCAUGUCAACAAUCUAGGGUUUCAGGUUAACAAUCAUGGGUUUCCUUCUCAAUCUCCUGCUCCUUCUCCUUCCAAUUAUGGGUCUGCUCUGUGGCCGUCCUGUUUUCAGGACUCCCUCUGGUCUGCUUCAACUCUGCAGUCCCCGUUCACACGUGGAUGUCACCCUUCUCUCAAUGCCUAUGGUGCUUACCCCAAUCAUCAUUCCCUGACUGCCAUGAACACUGCUGUUCAUAAAUACGAUUUCGAACCCAAGUUACAACUUGUGCAAGACAAAUCAAUAAUUCAACUGGCAUUGACUCUAGACGGUUCUCAACGGCUUCAGAGCCUUCUGCUUUCCAACGACGUUAGCUGGGUCGACAUCGUAUUCGAAGGAGUAAUUGGGUAUAUAUUCCGUCUCAUGGCCGACCAGUUCGGCCAUCAAGUCUUUGGAAAUCUGAUUCAGUUCUGUGAUGAGUAUCAGCAGCAGAUAAUGGUAGAAAAUUUAACUGCAUAUCCCGACGCAUUCAUCGAAAUAUCUCUGGACAGAUACGGCUCUCCCUCGGUUAAAAGACUGAUCAAGCUUUUGCAGAAAUCGCCUUUGGUUACUGAUCUUGUGAACACUCUAUGCACUGGAUUCUAUGACUUGAUGAUUCACAGGACAGGAUCCCAUGUUAUAUUGUAUUGUCUAGACACGCUCGAUCCCGAAGACAACAAGCCUUUUUACGAAGCAGCGAUCAGCAACUCUUUAAAACUAGCCACACAUCAGAACGGAUGCUUGUCCUUGAACAAUUUCAUCACCUUAGUCAAAGGUCACUACAGAAAUCAGUUCCUGGAAUGGGUUUCUAAGGAAGCAGUAUGCCUUUCCAAGGACCCUUUUGGGAACUUUGUGGUGCAGCAUGUCCUGGACCUCCAUCACCCUCACUUCACCAGGAAAAUAUGCUAUCGUCUACAAGAUCACUACACGAAAAUCUCGAUGUUGAAAGGCGGCAGUCAUGUGGUAGAAAAAUGUCUCAAGACUUCACAUAGGGAUUGUGCAGUUGUUGAAUUUAUCAACAGUGACCAACUGGUGCAGGUGUCCAAGGAUCAGUUCGGAAACUAUGUCAUCCAAACAGCAUUGAAGGAAACCAAAAGUGUGAAGAGUCCGCUAUAUGAGAGACUUGUGAGCAAACUGAGAUCAAAUUCUGAGGCUCUGCAACGCGGACAUGGAAAGAAUGUGCUGAAUUUGAUCCAUGCACCCCAGAUGAAUUCUUCUUCUUUUUAGUUUGAUUUGCUGCAGUACUUUUGUUUAAGAUACAAGUAGGUUUCACUGUUGAAUUGUUUUGGGAUUGCAGUGCAUAAAGAUUAGGAUAUAUUGAUUGAAAUCUGUGUGAAUUAAUGUGCAACUAAAGGGGAGAAGUUCUAUUUCGGAGUUGGGAAUUUUGAUGUAGUAAGCAACUUGACUGUUUCUUGUUACAAUUUGAUUGAAUGUACAUCUCCAAAAGAUCCUAUUGUCUUAUAUUUGAACGUUAUUUUGUUAUACUCUCAACAUAAAGCCCAGACAUAAGG